AUGGAAAUCCUUGAAGUGGACACCCUGGUCUGUGGUGGUGGAAUGUCCGGUAUGGCAUGUGCUGCAUUCGCAGCAGAUGCAGGAGCCAAGACUCUGGUGGUUGAGAAACAAGCACAGAUUGGAGGUUCUUCCGCACUUUCUGCUGGCAUGUUCUGGGCUCCCCAUACGUACGAGAAAUUGAGAGCCUGGGUACCCGAGGGCGAUGCAACUCUGCAGCAAGCAUGGAUGGAUGAGUAUCUAUCUGCUGUGCAGUGGAUGCGAGACAACGGCAUUCCGACUGCCGAACGAUUUGACGGAAUCAUGACAAUCGGCAUUGGAUUCCCUAUCAAGAUUCCUCACCUCCAUGCACUGCACCAGACGCGUAUCGAAGGAAGCAAAAAUGGGUCUCGGAUUAUGACCAGUACAUCCGUGGUAAAACUCAUCCACGAGAUACCAGAUAUGCCUGGAUCACGGGUUACAGGUGCUAUCGUCCGUGAAAAAACCUCCAAAUCGGAGAAGUAUUACGAAGUGAAGGCAAAGGUGGUGGUUUUGGCCACUGGAGGAUUCCAAGGAUCUCACUCUUUGACCGCUUCGUAUUUGGGACAGGGCGGAGACAAUAUUUUCGUGCGGUCCAAUCCGGGAUCCGUCGGCGAUGGUCUCAGUCUUGCCUCUCGAUCAGGAGCUGGAACUACCAGGGGUAUGAACACAUACUAUGGUCACCUCCUAGCAGCGCCUGUGCGAGCACAGGAUGUGGAUCCAAAAGAUUACCUGCCACUGGCCCAAUACCAGAGCAAAUUCUGCUUGCUGGUGAAUGAGGCUGGUAAGCGAUUUGCAGACGAGACGACUGGAGAUGAGAUUGUCAAUCAGUAUUUGGCAAAGCAAGAAAAGCGCCGGGGCUUUUUGCUUUUUAAUGAGAAGGUUCGCCUUCAACACACUGUGGGUGCACCUUUCCCCAAUGCGGGCUCCAUUGAUCGCCUGCAGAAAGCGCGGGACUAUGGAUGCAAUGUCGGAAGUGCACCAACCUUGAAUGGAUUGAUGGAUGUACUCCGCGGAUGGGGAGUAGAUGCUGCUCAGUCCGCUCGUACAAUCGAACAAUACGAUCAGGUUGUGCGUUUUGGGGAGUCUAGUAUUGGAUUGGAUGCCCCUGUCGGACGUGGCGGCCCACCACCUGCAUCUCUGGUCGAUGGCGAAGGGCCAUUUUACGCUAUGGAAGUUCAGCCAUCUAUCACAUUCACGUACGGUGGAAUAUUAAUCGACAAGCAAGGACACGCCUUGACUGCUGACAAGACCAGAAUUCCAGGUCUUAUGGUUGCUGGAGUUGAUGCUGGUGGAUUUAGCAAUCUUGGAUAUGCCGGUGGUCUUGCUCUCGCAUUUGUGACUGGUUUGUGGGCUGCUCGGGGAGUUGCGCGGGAAUUAGGAUUGCCAGAGCCUCGUCUACCGGCAGCUGAUGCAAAGGAUGCGGCGCCAAUGAAGGGUCGACUAUAA